CGCCCUCGGCUUCCUCCCGCUCAAGUCCUCUCCAGUUACAGAAGUUCAGAUUUUUUUUUUUUUCCUAGAGAGUUAGACGAAAAGUCCGGCACCAAGAGUGGAGUUGUAGUAUCCGCUUAUUUGUUCUGCUGGGACCCGGUAAUUCACCUUCAAAGAACCAGUGAUUUGGAAAGUUGGGAGCAACAUGGCACAUCUGCUAAAAACAGUGGUGACUGGCUGUUCAUGUCCUUUCCUUAGCAACUUUGGGUCCUGUAAGGUUGUGCCUGGGAAGAAAGACUUUUUGCGAACAUUUCAUAUCCACCAGGCACUGUGGUGUAAAUCGACUGUAAAACCAGGAAUUCCAUAUAAGCAGCUGACAGUUGGGAUCCCCAAGGAGAUUUUCCAAAAUGAGAAGCGAGUAGCAUUGUCUCCUGCUGGAGUUCAGGCCCUGGUCAAGCAGGGCUUCAAUGUUGUGGUGGAAUCGGGAGCAGGCGAAGCUUCCAAGUUUCCGGAUGACCUCUACAGAGCAGCAGGGGCCCAAAUCCAAGGGACGAAGGAAGUCCUGGGUUCUGAUCUGGUGGUCAAAGUGAGAGCACCCAUGGCUAAUCCAGCUUUAGGCGCUCAUGAAGCUGACUUUUUAAAGCCUUCGGGAACGCUCAUUAGCUUCAUUUACCCCGCCCAAAAUCCAGACCUGCUAAAUAAACUCUCUGAAAGAAAAACUACUGUUCUGGCGAUGGACCAGGUUCCAAGAGUCACAAUUGCUCAGGGCUACGAUGCUCUCAGCUCCAUGGCCAACAUUUCUGGUUAUAAGGCUGUUGUUUUAGCAGCCAAUCAUUUUGGAAGGUUUUUUACUGGUCAGAUCACAGCUGCUGGAAAAGUCCCCCCAGCUAAGAUCCUGAUAGUUGGUGGUGGGGUUGCUGGACUCGCCUCUGCAGGUGCAGCCAAGUCGAUGGGGGCAGUCGUCCGGGGAUUCGAUACAAGAGCUGCAGCUUUGGAACAGUUCAAGUCUCUUGGUGCUGAACCCUUGGAGGUGGACUUGAAGGAAUCUGGCGAGGGCCAAGGAGGAUAUGCGAAAGAGAUGUCCAAAGAGUUCAUUGAAGCUGAGAUGAAGCUCUUUGCUCAGCAAUGCAAGGAAGUGGACAUCCUUAUCAGCACAGCACUGAUUCCAGGCAAAAGAGCUCCCGUUUUAUUUAGUAAGGAAAUGAUUGAAUCAAUGAAGGAAGGUUCAGUUGUUGUGGAUUUAGCUGCUGAGGCUGGCGGAAACUUUGAGACCACUAAGCCCGGAGAACUUUAUGUACAUAAGGGAAUUACUCACAUCGGCUAUACAGACCUUCCCAGCCGGAUGGCCACUCAGGCCAGCACUCUAUACUCCAACAACAUCACCAAACUCCUUAAGGCCAUCAGCCCUGACAAGGAUAACUUUUAUUUUGAAGUGAAGGAUGAUUUUGACUUUGGUACAAUGAGUCAUGUCAUUCGAGGAACUGUGGUAAUGAAGGAUGGCAAUGUGAUUUUCCCAGCUCCCACACCAAAAAACAUCCCUGUAGAAGCCCCAGUGAAACAGAAGACGGUGGCUGAGCUGGACGCCGAGAAAGCAGGCACUGUUUCAGAGUAUACAAGGACACUGACCACAGCAUCCAUGUAUGCGGCAGGUCUCAGUGGGAUGCUGGGUUUGGGCAUUGUGGCCCCCAAUCUAGCCUUCUCUCAGAUGGUGACCACUUUUGGCCUGGCCGGCAUUAUUGGUUACCACACUGUCUGGGGAGUGACCCCUGCUCUCCACUCACCACUGAUGUCUGUGACGAAUGCGAUCUCAGGUUUGACUGCAGUUGGUGGGUUGGCAUUGAUGGGAGGGCACUUUUAUCCUUCUACGGCUCCGCAGAGUCUUGCUGCUCUUGCUACAUUCAUAUCAUCAGUCAACAUUGCAGGUGGCUUUCUGGUAACUCAGAGAAUGUUGGACAUGUUUAAGCGACCCACAGAUCCCCCGGAAUACAAUUACCUGUAUCUGCUCCCUGGUGGCACUUUUGUGGGUGGAUAUUUAGCUGCCCUCUACAGUGGUUAUAACAUCGAAGAGAUCAUGUACCUGGGCUCAGGCUUGUGCUGUGUUGGUGCCCUGGGUGGCCUUUCCACUCAGGGAACAGCUCGACUUGGCAAUGCCUUGGGCAUGAUUGGUGUUGCAGGAGGCCUGGCAGCCACACUCGGAGGCCUGAAGCCAGAUCCACAACUGUUGGCUCAGAUGUCUGGAGCGAUGGCCAUGGGUGGUACCAUCGGCUUGGCAAUCGCGAAGCGCAUCCAGAUUUCUGACUUGCCUCAGCUGGUCGCUGCUUUCCACAGUUUGGUGGGUUUGGCAGCAGUGCUCACGUGCAUGGCCGAGUACAUUGUAGAGUACCCACAUUUCGCAAUGGACGCAACAUCAAAUUUCACCAAGAUUGUGGCCUACCUUGGCACUUACAUCGGUGGCGUCACCUUUAGUGGGUCUCUUGUUGCCUAUGGAAAGUUACAGGGUAUUCUGAAAUCAGCCCCUCUGCUGCUGCCUGGAAGGCAUGCACUGAACGCAGGCCUGCUAGCUGCUGGUGUGGGUGGAAUAAUCCCAUUUAUGCUCGACCCCAGCUUUACCACUGGCAUCACCUGUCUGGGCUCCGUGGCUGCACUCUCUACGCUCAUGGGUGUGACCUUGACAGCUGCCAUUGGAGGUGCUGACAUGCCUGUUGUCAUCACUGUGCUGAACAGCUACUCGGGCUGGGCCUUGUGCGCCGAGGGCUUCCUGCUCAACAACAACCUGCUGACCAUUGUGGGUGCGCUUAUCGGCUCCUCCGGUGCCAUCUUGUCAUACAUCAUGUGUGUGGCAAUGAAUCGUUCCCUGGCUAAUGUGAUUCUUGGAGGCUAUGGUACAACUUCAACAGCCGGUGGAAAACCGAUGGAAAUCUCUGGCACACAUACGGAAAUCAACCUUGACAAUGCAGUUGAGAUGAUCCGGGAAGCCAACAGCAUUGUUAUCACUCCAGGUUAUGGCCUCUGUGCAGCCAAAGCUCAGUACCCCAUUGCCGAUUUGGUGAAGAUGCUUACCGAGCAAGGCAAAAAAGUCAGGUUUGGAAUUCACCCAGUUGCAGGCCGAAUGCCUGGUCAGCUCAACGUGCUUCUGGCUGAGGCAGGAGUGCCCUAUGAUAUUGUGCUAGAAAUGGACGAGAUCAACCAUGAUUUCCCAGACACGGACUUGGUUCUUGUCAUUGGUGCUAAUGACACUGUGAAUUCAGCAGCUCAAGAAGAUCCCAACUCUAUUAUUGCAGGCAUGCCAGUCCUUGAGGUCUGGAAGUCUAAACAGGUCAUUGUCAUGAAGAGGUCCCUCGGUGUUGGCUAUGCCGCAGUGGACAAUCCCAUCUUCUACAAACCCAACACGGCCAUGCUUCUGGGGGAUGCUAAGAAGACAUGUGAUGCUCUGCAGGCCAAAGUUCGAGACUCCUAUCAGAAAUGAAUGCUAAAGGUCAAGCUGGUGUCUUCAGCUACAUGAGCAGAGAAAUAAAGCAUGAAUAAAUGAGCAAAGCCCUCAAGACCCGCAAACCAACAGACAUCGUGAAUAUCUGCAGCCCCUGAUCCUCAAAAAGCAUUGAAAAGUCUCAGCAUCUACCUGUUUAUAGUUUUCAUUGGUAAAAGGCCAACAUGUUUUGUAAACAGCGAAAGAACACCUUCAUUUUAGAUGCAACCUUAUUGGAUUUUUACAUUCUCUUUUAGUAGCUAGAAAUGAGUUCAGAAGUUGAUGUACUUUGGUCUGAAAAAGUGUUAUUUUCUCUUUUUUUCACCAAAUGUGACUAAUUUGAAACUUUGAUCAACUCUGAACAAUCAUGCCAAAUCUGUCUCAGGUUAUCAGGCUAUACUUUAGAUUCUAGAGUCCAAAGAUCUAUUUUCCCACUUCUAUUUUAAUAUGCAAAAGGACUAUAUAGCCUAUCAGAGCUGCUGGAAGCAGUCUGCUUGAUAUGUUCAAUAAAACAUAACUUAAAAGUAAUUAUCUGUAUUUUUAAAAACCCCAUUGCCAACUGGAGGUUACUCCAGUUUCAAUUUAUAAUGUGUGAUACCGUAUUAACUGCUCUUGAAUGGAAUGCAGCCAUUUGACUAAUAAAUGAGUUCAUCAUGUUUUCAAAGUGA